UAAGUUAGGGAGGGAAAGGUGGAGGGGAGGGGGUAUAAAGAAAGACUGGUACCAGGUUUGCAGGAAGAGCGCUGAGUCAGAACGCAGAAGAGAGAAAAGAAGCUGUACUUGAACAGUCCGUCAGGAUCUGUUAACACAGAUUCAACCAUGCUGUGGUUUCUGGUGCUGAACUGUGUGCUCUGCAUGGGAGGACACGCUGCAGCGGGACAGCGAGAUGGAGAAAUUAUCAGUCAGAUUAAAAUGACGAACCUUGCACUGGCUGAGAUUAAAGAGCUUCUGAAACAACAGAUAAAAGAAAUUGUUUUCCUGAAGAACACAGUGAUGGAGUGUGAAGCCUGUGGGAUGGGAGGAAUGCAGCCUCGUCCCUCCUGCGUGCCCAACCCCUGCCACCCAGGGGUGAAGUGUAAGGAGACACCUCAGGGGACAAAGUGUGGACCCUGUCCUGACGGUAUGGAGGGCAACGGUACCCACUGCACUGAUGUGGACGAGUGUACUGUGAUGCCGUGUCACAUGGGCGUGCGCUGCAUAAACACGUCCCCGGGUUUCCGGUGCGGUACCUGUCCUGCUGGGUACACCGGCCCCCAGGUCCAGGGCGUUGGCCUUGCCUACGCCACCGCCAACAAACAGGUGUGCAAAGAUAUCAAUGAGUGCGAAGGCCUCAACAAUGGAGGCUGUGUGGAGAACUCUGUCUGUAUGAACACCCCUGGCUCAUUCAGGUGUGGUCCCUGUAAGACAGGCUACGUUGGGGACCAGCGGCGUGGCUGUAAGCCGGAGAGAGCCUGUGGGAACGGCCAACCCAACCCCUGUCACGCCAGCGCUGAGUGCAUUGUCCAUCGAGAGGGUAAAAUUGAGUGUCAGUGCGGAGUGGGAUGGGCUGGCAAUGGCUACCUCUGCGGGGCAGACAUUGACAUUGAUGGUUUCCCCGAUGAGAAGCUGGCCUGUCCUGAGAUGAACUGCAACAAGGAUAAUUGUCUCACUGUUCCCAACUCUGGUCAAGAAGAUGCUGACCUUGAUGGAAUUGGAGAUGCCUGUGAUGAGGAUGCAGAUGGGGAUGGGAUCCUCAACAUGCAGGAUAACUGCGUGUUGGUGCCUAACGUGGACCAGAGGAACGUCGAUGAGGAUGACUUUGGCGACGCCUGCGACAACUGUCGCGCCAUCAAAAACAACGACCAAAAAGACACAGAUGUGGACAAAUUCGGUGAUGAGUGUGAUGAAGACAUAGAUGGGGAUGGAAUCCUCAAUCACUUGGAUAACUGCAAAAGGGUUCCCAAUGCUGACCAGAAAGAUCGCGAUGGAGACAAAGUGGGAGACGCCUGCGACAGCUGUCCUUAUGUUCCAAACCCUGACCAGACGGAUGUGGACAACGACUUGAUUGGAGACCCCUGUGACACCAACAAGGACAGUGACGGAGACGGUCACCAAGACUCCCGGGACAACUGUCCAGCUGUCAUCAACAGCUCCCAGCUGGACACCGACAAGGACGGCAUGGGAGAUGAGUGUGAUGAUGACGAUGAUAACGACGGCAUCCCAGACCUGCUGCCACCUGGUCCGGAUAACUGCCGUCUGAUCCCCAACCCUCUGCAGGAGGACUCUAACGGUGAUGGUGUGGGCAACAUAUGCGAGAAGGAUUUUGACAACGACACUAUCAUCGACACCAUCGAUGUUUGUCCAGAAAACGCUGAGGUCACCCUCACCGACUUCAGGGAGUACCAGACCGUCGUUUUAGACCCGGAGGGAGACGCACAGAUCGACCCCAACUGGGUGGUGCUGAACCAGGGAAGAGAGAUCGUCCAGACUAUGAACAGUGAUCCUGGGUUGGCUGUUGGUUACACGGCUUUCAGCGGUGUGGAUUUUGAAGGGACGUUUCAUGUUAACACAGUAACGGACGAUGACUACGCAGGAUUUAUCUUCGGGUACCAGGACAGCUCCAGUUUCUACGUGGUGAUGUGGAAGCAGGUAGAACAGAUCUACUGGCAGGCAAACCCGUUCAGAGCCGUUGCAGAACCAGGCAUCCAACUGAAGGCCGUCAAGUCAAACACGGGUCCAGGUGAAAACCUGAGGAAUGCCCUGUGGCACACCGGUGACACCAGUGACCAGGCCAAACUCCUGUGGAAAGAUGCUCGCAAUGUUGGCUGGAAGGACAAGACUUCUUACCGCUGGUUCCUCCAACACCGACCCGCAGACGGCUACAUCAGAGUUCGUUUCUAUGAGGGUCCUCAGAUGGUGGCGGACACAGGCGUCAUCAUAGACACCACAAUGAGAGGAGGUCGACUGGGAGUCUUCUGCUUCUCCCAGGAGAACAUCAUCUGGGCCAACCUGCGUUAUCGCUGCAACGACACUCUUCCUGAGGACUUUGACACCUACAGAGCCCAGCAGGUCCGGCUGGUGGCCUGAUGACAACAAACAAGCCCAGGGAAUUCUGGGAACCACUUUCUAAGCACAACUGGGAUCAGAAAGAACAUCAUAAAUUUGCCAAAAAGUCCAGCACACGUGUUUGAAAGUUUUAACUUAACACUGUUUUAAAUUCGUGACAGAAAAAGAAAUUCAACAGCCUUAAAAACUCUUCAGAGGGGAGCAUUAAUAUAACAUGACUUGUUCGAAUUGUUUAGCUGUUACCAAACAGAACUUUCUGUCAUAAAUAAUUUAGCUACAAAAUGUAUAUUACAUUUCAAUUUAUACUUUUGAAAAAACUAUAUUUAACUGUCACAAAUGAAUACAUGUAGAUUUUGGUAAAUUAUGUGCAGUAUUAUGUUUAAUCAAUAAUAAUGGAAUAUUAGCUGGUCAGACAUAAUUAAAUGUUUAAUUUGAGAGGGAGUUUUCUUUUUAAUUGCAAACAUGUCAGAUGGAUCAAGUGCGGAGAAAUAAUCUUAAAAACUUGUCAAUUGUUAUCGAGAAAUGCAGACUAUGUUGAAAAUAAUAUAUUUUCGUCAUGUAAAGCAUCUUUAAAUAUCUAGAAAAGCACUCUUUAAAUGAAACGUAUUCAUGUUAAAGCCCUGUCAUAUAAUAGCUAUACUGCAAAAAACGUCAAACAUUAGAUUUUAAGUAACAGACGUGACUUUUUUUCAAACUCAACAGCUUUUAGUGGAAAUCAACAUUCUGAACAUUUCUCAAGCAUGCACAUAUCCAAAAUAAUCUUUUCAAUUUUGCAUUUGGAAAUACAGAUUACAAAAUAGGAACGAUAGCAAAGACAAUAUACAACAGGAUCGAAACAGCAUGCAUGUCCACAGCAAACACGCUGCAAUGUUGUAAAAUGACAUCGGACAGGUUUUUUUUAAUCAGCAUAUUCUGCAAAUCAAGACUAUGUGCAGAGAAAAAAAUCUGUCUUCCACAUUCAAUUUAAUUGACAUUUUUUCUUUCAUCUUAUAAACAAAUGGUCACAUAAGAAGAAUCACAUGGCAACAAAUAAAUAACUACAGAUCUUUUACUACGACUUACAGGACAACAGUGAUAUUAUGCUAUUCUCACUAUAAGCUUCAAGUGGAAACUAAACCGUGUUUUUCCAGAGACAGUUGUAGAGUCAUUUAGAAAACCCUGUGUUAUUAAAGGGACAUUUUAUUAAGACCUAAAACACUCUGGGAACAAGCAUUAAAGACCGCCUUUAGACACAGGACUCCUGUUUGAGCUUCGCUCGUCUGCUUCUUCAGUUUGGGACACGAUUUUAGCUUCACUGCUUUUUAACACAACACAAACAAAAGCUGUGCUAACAAGUAAUGCAAGUCAUUGGUGUCUCAGACUAAAACCAGACUAUUAUAAAAUACAUUAAGGUGAUUUGUUCAUCUCAUCGGUUUGGAAAAUGGACUUUCGUUAACCUGAAAAGUUUUGCUUUCCGUAUUUCAGUGUUUAGCCUCAGACAGAAGGAAAUGUUUCCCAUGAAAGUUACAUAACUCAACAUAACUCUGCAGAUCAAAGAAAAAACUUUUCCCCCAAAUACAUGCCUUUUUAUUUCCUUACUUGAAUCAAAGGUGUAUUAGCUGCCUAACUUGAACUCAAAUCUUUACCAGUGAUAGUGUUGCUGUUAGCUAACCUUGUUAGACAAGGGAAAAAGGUAUCUAAUACUUUGAGUAUGCACACUAGAUAUCCAGAGGAGUGUAAGCUUCAAUGCAAGUCCAUCAAAAUUAAAACGUGUCCAACAACUCUUCUCCAGUACAACACGCUGCAUCUACCAAAUGUUUUGCACGUAGGUGUUUUCUGUAGCCGGACAUGUUUGUUAGAUUAAGCAUGCUGUACUGGAGAAGAGUUGUUUGACAUAUUUUAUUUUUGAUGGAGUCAAAUUUCUCAUGUCGAAAUCAUGUAAUAUACAUUUUAGAGUUGCAGUUCAUUUCACAAAGUGAGACUGUGUUGCAGCACCGUACAGCACUCUGUGUAGUCACGAUGCACACGGCUUCAUUUGAGUAUUUUUGACUAACUAACUACCAUCUAUUGUCUCUUUAAGAACUGUAACUCGCUCAAACUGCAAUUUUUCACAUGGGGGAAAAAUGACCAACAAAGAAAUACAUUCAGAGUGCCGUUCCUUUCCAACACGAGAGCGCAAGCUGCACUGGAGUAAGCCCUUUCUAGUUUUGCAUCCCCUAAAAUCUUCACAGAUAAAAAAAACAAGACAAGCUAAAAUAUAGUUUACAAAGGAAAAUAGAGAAUUCAUCUUUUCUUUGACAUGGAAAAUAUCUCCGGAGUAAACAUCUGGAGUGAAACAGUCGGCAUUCACAUCGGGCAGAACAGUCCCUGCUCAAAAGCCAGGAAAUCACAAAUAAAAUGCAAAGCAACUAGUGGACUAAACAUAGCACA